AUGUCAAUUCCGCCGACCUCGAGUCCGUUCAUCAUUCAAGUCACCGGGGUUGGCAGCAAGCUCCACAGGCGCGCGACCGUGUUUCUGACCUUUGUGGAUGGCGAGGCAACUCCAGAUGCAUAUCAGGACGAGGCGGCUGUCUUCGUCCUCACUGCGGAUGGACAACUUGUCAGUGGAGGGGCGUAUGUUGGCACCAAAAGCUAUACGGGAACAUCGCCGCUCGUGCAGCUUGCCCCCCCUCAAGCAGCUGGGUACCGAUGGAUAUUUGACGGGAUGACAUUGAGGUUUGGGAAUACGACUUUCGUCGCUUUUCCUGAUGGUCAGCUCGAUGUUCUCUUCGGCGACAGUCUACCUCCCGACGGCACGGUGCCGUAUGCGUCCACCGACGUCGACACUGGCGGGUCCAAGCAAUCUACCAAGUGGCGAAACCUCGACGACGAUUUCAUCCGAAAGUACAGCUAUUCACAGCGUACUUUCGAGUUCAACAUUGCCCAGGACGACGACGACGACGACGACAAUAUUAGCGUCACCUUCGCCGGCUCUGACAUCUACCAGCUCGAUCAGCUUCGUGUCAUCUACCAGCUCGACUCGAAGUGGGACGACAAUCAGCGAUGCUCCGUCAUCGGCAUCUUCUGUGCAGAGUCCCGGGGGCGGGACAACAAUUGGGACCACUUCAUCGACAGCUGCGUCCAGCAGGACCACGACUGGCUUCCCAAGUCUUUCCUUGUCAUCUGCCUUUUCAUCCAGCACGCCGACGUCUCGUUCGACCGUCCCGACCAGCGUCUCGGGCGUUGCGACGACCAGCUCGGUCACCACACAGACUUCACUCUCUUCGACACCUCGAGCAUCGAGUGGAUCCAGCAGCAACGCGAUCUCCUCCACCCAAGCUACAACGACGAGUACAGCUACAACUACAGGUACAACGACAAGUACAAUAGCAGCAGCAUCACUACGACGACCACCACUUCUUCUACUACAUCUUCACCUUCAUCGUCGUCGUCGUCUCCCUCCACCACCACCACCACCACCACCACCACUACCUCCACCUCCUCCCCCACUCCUACUAUCUACCCAGCCAAGCGCGGGCUCGCAUACACCAAUGUGACGACGCUGGUCUACUACCCUCCUCCAGCACCAUACAUUCGAUGGUCGUACAACUACUACUCGCUCCCCAACGCAUCGGACGACGUAGGGCCGUACCCAGCGGCACAAUUCCGCUUCAUCCCACUCUUGUACAACGACGCAUCAUCCCUGACCUCGAUCUGGGCGAGCAACGUCAACACGUCGAUCGCCUCGUACGGCACCGACGCCAUCUUCGGCUUCAACGAGCCCGACGCCUGCUACUCGGGCCAGUCGGCGUGCAUGAGUGUGUCGCGCACCGUGCAGGGCUACCUCAACUACAUCCAGCCCUUCUCCGGCCACGUGCUGAUCGGCGCGCCCGCCGUCACCAAUUCCGGCAGCUCGGGACUGUCGUAUCUCUCGCAGUUCUUGGGCAACGCGACGCAACUGAACCUCACGGUCGAUUUCGUCAACCUACAUUGGUACGCCAGCCCGUACAAUAUCCAGUAUUUCAUGGACUACCUCACCCAGGCCUACACCCAGACAGGCCAGUCGCGCUAUCCUGUCUGGGUCAGCGAAUUCGGCAUGGACCGCUCGGAUUAUCCCGUCGCCGAUGUCGUCGCCUUCUUGAAGGCCGCCUCGGCCUGGAUGGACCUGCAGCCGUGGGUGGCUCGGUAUGCUUGGUUCGGCAAUUUCGCCAGCGGUGUCGGGACCGAGUUUCUCCUCAAUGCUGAUGGGAGUGGUAGGAGUGGUUUGGGCGAUGUUUGGUAUGGGUAUAAUGGGACGGGAUAG